AAAGCUUCUGAACAUUUCGUGUGCCAUUCAUGAGCUUCGCCACAUUACUAAACCGAAGAGAAACAGCUUCCCCAUCCAUCUUCACAUUACUAAAAAAAUUAGGUAAUGGAUAGUCUUUUGCAACACGAUCAGAGAAGCAAACAAGAGUUGGUGUAUCAAAUGAACAAACACUGAAUCUAUUUUUUAAGGGUCUUUGAGUGUUUACACUUGACACGGUCUCAUUCUAAUUCGAAUCACACCUACAUUAUUCCUAAUUUAUAAAAAGGCUAGCUUUGGUAAGCAAAAAAUGAUUAGUAUUGCUGAGUGGAUCCAUCCAGAGUUAAGUUGUCCGCGUUGCCAAACAAAUGUGUCUGGCUUAAUAAUCUCUUAAAACCUCCCGCCUCGCCUCCCUUCGCCGCCGUACACACUCGACAGACUACGAACGACGGUGGCCCAAAUCUCCCGCCCGUAAAUUUCUAUCUCCACCUGUUACUGAAGAUAAAAAAGAUGGAGAACACUAGGAACAUUAAGCAAGAAGCACCACCGUCUCUUCCUCCAGGGAUCUUCGAGAUACCUGGAGAGCCUGCUGUUGUUAUCAAUGGUGUACCUGAUGAACCUCAAACAGAUUGUAUGGUUCCCAAAGACGAACCAGUAUCAUCAUCAUCAUCAAGUGGCAAUGUAGGAAGCGGCGAAUGGCUCGAGGGUAGACAAGUUCGCAAGUUUUUCUUGGGUCACUACUAUUCUGGUGUGGUGACAAAGUUCGACAAACAAUCUGGUUGGUAUAGAGUUGAGUAUGAAGAUGGGGAUUCUGAAGAUCUUGACUGGUCUGAGCUUGAAGAAGUACUUGUACCUUUGGAUGUUAUUGUCCCUUUGAGGUCAAUCUCGUUGCAGAUCAUCAAGAAUCGACAUAUGCAGGCCCAAUCUUAUGGAUACGCGCCACAGCGCUAGACCAAGAACUCCAACACGAAAGCGGUCUGCUUGUUUGUUGCUCAGAGGUGAAUAUGGUGAAACAGGAGCAAAGAGAUGCCCUGAAAAGCAAAACGAAGAUUAUGUCCACAUCAAUGGAGGUCUGUUUUUAGAACGUUGCAUGGCUAGCUGUAGUACACCGAGAAAAUAUGUUAUCAAAACAUUUUGUGCUUUCAAUCAAUAACUCUGUUAUUGAGUAUAAAUUAUGCGAUUACUUCCACACAAAAAAAAACACAAUCACUUUUCACUCAUAUAGCCUGAAAGAUAAGUUCAGCCAGCGACCAUCUUCCCCAUGGCUAGCCUUCUUCUUUCUCUGUUCUCAGCUCUUCUUCUGUCAGCCACCAUUACAGAAUGCGAAGCUUACUCAAAAACAGUGAAGGCGCCAUAUCCAGGACCUAAACCAGAGAAGCUAACUCACCUCCACUUCUACUUCCACGUCAUUGACUCCGGAAACAAACCAACUGAUGUGCUAGUCGCUAAAGGUCCCACAACAAACUCCUCUGCAACCAACUUUGGUUUGGUUGCAAUCGAUGACGAUCCAUUGACGACGGGACCUGACAUAACCUCAGAGGAAAUUGGGAGAGCUCAAGGGAUGUAUGCAUCGGCUGACCAGAACAAGGUUGGUCUGCUUAUGGCAUUUAACUUUGUUUUCACCAAGGGUGAAUUUUCCGGGAGCACCAUCUCAAUGUAUGGCCGGAAUCCGAUAUUGUCAAAGGUGAGAGAGAUGCCAAUCGUCGGAGGUACGGGGGCUUUCAGGUUCGGAAGAGGAUAUGCACAGGCCAAGACUUUUGUGUACAAUACUACCAGCGGAAAUGCUGUGAUCGUGUAUAAUGUCUAUGUUUGGCAUUAACUAUUGGCAUUUUUUUAAUGCGUUAGUUUCACCACUUUCUGUUGAAAAUCAGAUGAAAUAAUUCAAAUAAAUAUCAUGUGGGAUAAAUGGUUUCUGUUGUUGUUGUUUUUGUUGUGUAACUGUUGUUGUGUAACUGAUAUUGUGAUUUUCGUGUAAUGUAUUGUAAGUGUUAUAAAAAUUCGCAGUUUAUGUGAUGAA